AUGGAGAAGCCACAUCAUGGAGGAGGAGUGCGUGGUGUAGCUGAUGCAGCUGCAGUCAGUAUUGAUGGAUAUCUGCGAAAUGCGUCAAAGCGGGUUCGUGUGCCGAGUGCCUCAGGUGGAAGAGGGACGCGCCGUAAACUGGCAAUGGUGACGGCAGCACAUGUGGAACAACCUUCACAAGAAGCAGUUUAUGUGGAUGCCGUAAAGGUGGAUGAUGAAUGGGAUGAAGUGGUGCUCCCAAAUGCUCUUAUUCCAGUAGUAAAGAAGGAUGAAGAAAAGGCAAAGAAAGAAGAAGAAUCUGCUCCAGUGAAGACAGAUGUUAGUUUACCACCUCCGAUGGAGGGUACUAUUAAAGCGGAGGCGAUACCAGCUGAUGAUGAUAGUAAUGAUGAUGAUGAUGAUCAUGCGGCACAAUCAAUGAUGGAAGGUACUAGACCACCAUUGGCAGACACACCGUUGCGACGAUGGGGACAACGUGAUCCGGCAUAUGAGCGAAUGCUCGAACAACAACAAUUGCUUGCCGCCCAAAGACGUUCAGAACGUAUUAGACAUGCUGCAGAAGGAAUGUCUGCUCUUAUUCUUGCUUUGCAACGGGCUAAAAUGAUUGUGAAAGAGUCUAAACACCCAAAAUUGGUGCGAGCUCUAUUGCAUUUGCGAAUUAAUAAAGAUAAUGUUGAAAAAGUUUACCCUUUGUUAGAUGCGGUACGAGAGGCAAAAAAAAAUUAUGAACUUGCUCUUAAUCCUGUAGCGAAAAAACCUACAUUAUCCCCUUGUUGGGUUACUACAUAUAAAGAUACAGUUAAUAAUCAUACUUCCGCUUCUAUUAUGUCUAUUUUAAAUGGUAUCAAAUCGGUGUUUUUUCUGAAUGAUUCAGUCAAUGCUGACAUUUUGUCUAAUUGGGCUGCUUCUAUUGAACUUGGAUAUUUUUACAAACUAUUAUUAAACUUAAGUUUAUCUCCGGAUUCAUCUAAUCCUAAAAUUACAGUCCCUCAUUCAUUAUAUAUGUGCAUUAUAUUUAUUGCACUUUCCACAGUUUCAGGUUUAUCAUGUCGAUUAGUUAUGUCAGUGAGAAAGAAUCGUGAGGGACAAGUUACAAGUGUAGCUAACAAUAAUAGUGGAGAAAAUGGUAACAGUAAUGAAAAAACAAAAGAAAUAAUGAUGAUAUUUCUACCACAUAAAAAGAGAAGAGAAAAUUCUUCUUCUGUUGAAACAGAACCUCGCUCACGGAAAUUACCAUCUUCGUGUUUUUGGGUAGAGGUUUGGUGUCCACAACGUGAAUGUUUUAUCUCUGUUAAUCCAUGUGAAGGUUGUACAACAUUAUGGGGUUCACCAUAUACUUUUUCUAUUGGAGGGGAUGUUAUAAUGGAUGUAACUCCACGUUAUUCUGUUAAGUACAGUACUGCAUUUUCUCAUCGAUGGGGUCGUUGUGAUCAAUUUCGUUUUUUUUGGAAAAAUUUAAAAUGGGAUGAUAAUCGAGAAGCUUCUGAAGUUGUUCUAGAUUCAUUCCGUAAGAAUAUAUCGAAAAAAACAGAAGAACAAUUAAUGAGAGAACGUAAACAACUUCAUUCUCUUAUGUAUGCAGAAGAAAUACCAAAAACCCUUACAUCACUUCAACGACAUCCAUUAUUUGUUCUUGAAAAUGAAAUUGCUCGAUAUGAGGGAAUACACCCUAAGGACAAUACUACUAUAGUUGGUAGUGUAAAGGGUCAUACCGUAUAUAAACGAUCUGCAAUUGUAAAUCUUAGAAGUAGGGAUGGUUGGUUACGAGUUGGACGAUGUUUAAUUAAUGAAGAAGAAACACCAUAUAAAGUAGUCCCACCUCCAGCUUCUCGUCCGUUUUCAUCACCCUCUGCUUUCUUCGGUGUUUGGCAAACGAAACCAUUUGAACCGUUACCUCUUCGAAGUGAUGGAACACUUCCAUUACAUGGUAGAACACAUUGGUAUAUUGUUUUGGACAAACCAAUACCACCGGGUUUAGUACAUAUUCGAGAGCCGAACAUUGCUCGUGUUGCAAGACGUGUAGGAGUUGAGUUUGGACUUGCUGUAAUGGGGUUUAGGCGGCGUCGUUUGAGUGAGCGCCGCUUUGCUCCAUGGGAAACUCUGAUUGAUGGUAUAGUUGUAAAGGAAACAGAUUCUGUUAAUAUUCUGCAUGCUUAUAAUGAUUGGAAGCAAUUGACAGAGGAACAAGAAGCUGCAAAACGACGACAACGGUCAAAUUGUUGGUGGAUGCAUUUUGCCCAACGUUUGUUGGCUACACAACGUGUUCGCGAACAGUACUUGGAAGGUGCAAUGCAUGGUGCUUUUCCAACCCGCUAA